GCUCUACGUAUAUACUUAAAUAACAAUGGACUACCAUCGUCUGUUUCUCCGUAUCUCUUUAACCUCGAUGUAUGUCGACGCCUGUAAACGGGCGCGUUACAGAGACCGGAGCUGCGCGAGCCAAUGAGCGACCGGUUUGUUGCGUUGUCUCUAUAUUUUUCCAUAAUGGAAGGUGCGGCGUGACACUUCCGAGGGAGCUCUUAUUCCUCCUUUUACUUCCCGUAUGGCUUGUCAACGGGAGUGCGCGGGUCAUUUUUUAAACGAGCCUCGUAUUGCUGAGGAAAUAUUUAAUUUUUUAUUAAACGCCCCGAUUAAAGGGUAGAAAGUGGAUUUCCGGGAAGCGUCCAGGGUCGUUUGUCAACACUCCCCUCGCAGGGGCCCGUCCGACGCACCGACAACAUGAAGGUUUGACCUGAUGGUCGCCCAACGGACCCACCAAUGAAGAAGAAGCUUUGCAGUCCGCUGCGUCCCAAACGCACGAGGCUGGUCAGUGCCAGCGAUGAAUCUGCCCGGCAGGUGGUCACCGCGCCGAGGUCCAUGGCCCGACCCAACUCUGAAACUGUCCCAGAAUCAAGCUCCCGCAUCCGGAACCUGGCCAUGACGCAGCACAGUCACAAGCUCCUCGCGUUCCUGAACGAGGACCGGACCAGACAGAGGUUCUGUGAUGUGUCCGUGUCCGUGGGUGGGAAGCUCUACAGUGCCCACAAAGUGGUGCUGGCCCACGGGAGCAGCUACUUCCACGCCGAGCUGUCCAAGAACCCCGCUGCAGCGCAUGUGACUCUGGACCACGUGGAGGACUCUGUUUUUCAGCACCUGCUUGGCUUCCUGUACACCUCCGAGUGCGCUGUUGCAGAGAUGGACCUACCAGCGCUGACUGAAGCGGCCCAAUUCCUGGACAUGAUGGAUGUGUUGAAGCUGCUGUGUGAAGAAGGCGACGACAACCCAGUACGUGUGAUCCAGGCCCAGGGUGAGAUGAGAGGUUCGCCCGACGUGGAAAUGGCCUCCGGUGACUCGCCAGCCGUUAACAGGGUUAUCCAGGGCCCACAUGAGGACACCUCAACGGAGAAAGAGAAGGCGCCAGAUCAGAGAACCGUCACCACGCGGAGAUCAUCUCGCAGGAGGAAAACCCCCACCAAAUAUCAGAGAGACAGUGCGGAGAACACCAUCGACACUCCGGAGGAAAAACAAAGGAUUGUUUCCUCGAGGGAGCAAAACGACGAAAGAAUGGAAGAGACGGGAAAGUUGAUGUUGGAAAACCACUCUCCUAAACUGGCCGCAAACGAGACAUCCAAAGCAGCUCGGGGGGAAGACGUGGUGGACGAGGAGGGAGAGGACGGAGACGUGAGUGAAGACUGGGUUGCCCAGAGGAAAGCUGAUGAGGUUUGCGCAGCAGACCAGAACAAAGCUCAGCAGGUCCCGGAUGUAGAAAGGGUCGAGCGCGAGGCCGGCGGCGAGGCGAAGGAGCAUGUGCCAGCCGCAGGGAGCUCCACACCGAGUCCAGUGUACCCCGAAGGUCUGGCUCCUGUCGUCAUCCAAACCUCCAGCAAGAAGGUUCUCAAGUGCCCCAAAUGUGACAAGACCUUUGACCGCCCAGGGAAGUAUCAGAGUCACACCAGAGUGCACACAGGAGAGAAACCAUUUCAGUGUGACAUCUGUCUCCAGCACUACUCCACCAAGUCCAACCUGACCGUACACAAGAAGAAGAUGCACGCCAGCGACGCCCCCUUCCGGAAGAAGGAGCACAAAUGCCCCUUCUGCAACAAACUCCACGCCAGCAAGAAAACCCUGGCCAAGCACGUCAGGAGGUUUCAUCCAGACCACGUCCAAGAGUUUCUUACGAAGAGGAAGAGGAAGAGUGAAGGCUGGAAAUGUGCUAUUUGUCUGAAGACCUUCACACGCAGGCCUCACCUGCAGGAGCACAUGAUCCUGCACACCCAGGACCGGCCUUUCAAAUGCUCCUUCUGUGACGAAUACUUCAGGUCUAGGUUUGCCAGGCUGAAGCACCAAGAGAAGUUCCAUCUAGGUCCCUUUCCCUGCGAGAUUUGUGGUCGACAGUUUAACGACACGUGCAACAGAAAGCGGCACAUUGAGUGCACACAUGGAGGCAAAAGGAAGUGGACCUGCUUUGUUUGUGGUAAAUCCGUAAGGGAGCGAACAACUUUGAGGGAGCACUUGAGGAUCCACAGUGGGGAGAAGCCUCACCUCUGUAGCAUCUGUGGCCAAAGUUUCCGACAUGGCAGCUCUUACAGGCUGCACCUCAGAGUCCACCACGACGACAAGCGAUACGAGUGUGAUGAAUGCGGCAAAACCUUCAUACGCCACGAUCACCUGACCAAACAUCAAAAAGUACACUCUGGUGAGAAAGCCCACCAAUGUGAAGAAUGUGGCAAGUGCUUCAGGCGCCACGACCAUCUGACGGCCCACUACAAGAGCAUUCAUUUGGGCGAGAAAGUUUGGCAAAAGUAUAAAACCGCUGUGCAUCAGUGUGAGAUUUGCAAGAAAGAAUUCAAAGGAAAGUCCAGUCUGGAAAUGCACUUCAGGACGCACUCCGGUGAGAAACCCCACACGUGUCCAGAGUGCAACCAGACAUUUCGGAUCAAGAAGACCCUGACGAAGCACAUGGUGAUUCACUCAGACGCUCGUCCGUUCAACUGCCCCCACUGCAGCGCCACCUUCAAGAGGAAAGACAAGCUCAAGUACCACGUGGACCACGUGCACAGCACCCGGGGGCUCGGGGAGGUUAAAGAGGUCUCCGUUCCCUUCGGGGAACCCUCUAAGGUGUACUGCGCUGAGCCCAAGUCCGCCGCCCAGAGCAGCCCUUCCUCUGCCCAAGUCUGCGUGCCGGUCACUUUAGUCGCCGUCCAGACGGCAGGUGGAGCGCAGGGGGACCCGAAUGCUCACAGGGCCUCUUCUCUUGCCUCCCAAACUCACAGCGUUGUGAGCAUGCAGGCUCAGGGAGCGCAGCAGAGCUCCAGCUACCAGGCGGCUCCAGACCUGGCAUUUUUAGAGAAGUACACCCUGACCCCGCAGCGCGGCAACAUCGUCCACCCCGUGAGACCCGAUCAGAUGCUGGACCCCCGAGAGCAGUCCUACCUGGGCACGCUGUUGGGAUUGGAUUCAGCUUCCUCUGUGCAGAACAUUUCCAACUCGGAUCUCACACACUGAUGCUCCUCCGCAAAACCUGAUUCAAACAAUAGGAACAGAAGCUACAGUUUUCACCAUUCAAAUGUAUUCAGUCAAUACAGAGGACAAUCAUGGAAAGUCAUUACCUUUGAGAUAAGCAAGACCUGGUGGAGGUUUAGCAGGAUCUCAGGAAACUCAUUAAAACCCCAAAAUAGAUAUAAUAAUGUCCAAAAAGAAGAAAACUGGAUUUAAAUAGAUUUUUCUGCAUUUGUCAAUAGAAAUGCAAAGGACUGUGUAAACUGUCAGAUAAUCAUCACGCUUCAGAAGAAGAAUCAGAACUGUAUGAAAUGUUGUGGAAACAAUUGUUACAAAAAGGAGAUGAAAAAUAUCUGGAAUGUUUCAAAUGUCAAGGCUGCCUCUUUCUUUAGUGAAUAAAUUGUAAAUGUCUGUCUUCUGAUGGA